AUGGAGGACCGCACGCGCGUGCGGCCGAGAAAAAAAGAUGGAUGUCGGUGAAUAAUGUUCGGUCGCGAACUGUAGUAAUGGACAGCACUAAAUAUUGCACCAAGGGAAAAUAAAUUACACCACUUUUUCAGAAGCGCAAAAAGUGCUCUUCGUUUUCUCUUUCAGUGUAUGUACGAGUGGAAAAAGUUUAAUAUGUUAUCCUGGACACUGAUUAUGUAGGUGGACAGGGAAAGCUUCCAGUUACGACGCGGGAAAACAGCAUAGGAAAAUCUGCUGAAACUAAUUUCAAACGUGCUAAUGAGGUUAGGGACAGCUGCAUACAAGCGAGAAGUUUAAAUUGGUGCAACAACAUCGGCUGUUGUCGGGAAUCAGCGUUGCCUUCAGCUCUAAAUGGAUUUAUUGCCGCGCUGUACAGAUAUUGUUCUCUCGUACAAAAUAUAAUAGGUGUCACUGAGUUCAUUCAAUACGGAAUGGCGUCUGCGAUCAUUUGCGUCUGCAUUUAUUUCUUCACCAUGGAGUUUCGAUUAGAGGAGUACAUAUUCAUGGUUUGUUAUUGCAUAGCUAUGGUAGGUCAAAUAUUUGUACCUGGCUGGUUCGGAUCGGAACUUAAAUAUCAAAACUCUGAACUUGUGGUUGCGGCCUACAAAAGUGAGUGGAUGCCUAGAUCAGAGAAGUUUAAACGAAACCUCAAAUUGUUUAUAACUCGUGCGAAUACACCCUUGGUACUGAAAGGGACGCAAAUGUUCCCGUUGACUCUUCAGACAUUUAUUUCGAUCAUACGAAUGGCAUAUUCCUUAUUUGCCCUCGUGCGAAAUGUUCAAGAUAAAUGAAAUCAUGGUUUAAAAU